UCUCAUUGUGGCCCUGCAGAUCUAACGCCAUCACACUCAGCGGUUACAACGGAGCAGCAGGGUGUUAGAACAACAGGGCCACCGCAGCAGCCCAGCCUUUAUUACCGACACUUUUAUUCAUUCCAAAGCGAUGGAAUACGGCGCUGCUGGCCAUUAGUGUCGUUUAUAUCGGGCCUGUGUUUUUCGGCAGCACACAAAGCAAUGUGGAGGAAAUAAAGACCCUGAUACACCGCAUAAACCAGAGAUUAUAGAUAAUGGGCUGUGUGCAAUGCAAGGAUAAGGAGGCAACCAAACUAACAGACGACCGAGACGCCAGCAUCUCCCAGGGAGCCGGGUACCGUUAUGGAGCUGACCCCACGCCGCAGCCCUAUCCCAGCUUCGGGGUCACCACCAUUCCCAACUACAACAACUUCCACGCCCCGGUUGGACAGGGGGUGACCGUCUUUGGGGGGGUCAACACUUCCUCUCACACCGGAACCUUGCGGACCCGUGGCGGGACAGGAGUCACUCUCUUUGUGGCACUUUAUGACUAUGAGGCGCGGACAGAGGAUGACCUCAGCUUCAGGAAAGGAGAAAGGUUCCAAAUCCUUAACAGCACUGAGGGGGACUGGUGGGACGCCCGCUCUCUGACCACCGGUGGCAGCGGCUACAUUCCUAGUAAUUACGUGGCUCCUGUGGACUCCAUCCAAGCUGAAGACUGGUACUUCGGGAAGCUGGGUCGUAAGGAUGCAGAGAGACAGCUGCUGUCCACUGGCAAUCCUCGGGGCACCUAUCUGAUCCGAGAGAGCGAAACCACAAAGGGGGCCUUCUCCCUGUCCAUACGGGACUGGGAUGAUGUGAAAGGAGAUCAUGUCAAGCACUAUAAGAUUCGCAAGCUGGACAGCGGAGGCUAUUACAUCACCACCAGAGCUCAGUUUGAUAUGCUGCAGCAGCUGGUUCAGCACUACUCAGACCGAGCCGCGGGUCUGUGCUGUCGCUUGGUGGUUCCCUGCCACAAAGGGAUGCCCCGCCUCGCCGACCUGUCGGUGAAAACCAAAGAUGUGUGGGAGAUCCCACGGGAGUCGCUGCAGCUCAUCAAGCGCCUUGGGAACGGGCAGUUUGGGGAGGUCUGGAUGGAGAGUGCGGAUGGUUUGUGCUUUAAUUUAACGGGUGUGUGCAUGAACUACAUCCCUGACACUGUGGGCUUGAGUCAUGAUGCCUGGGAGAUCAGCAGAGACGCACUUAAGAUGGAAGUACAGCUGGGGACAGGAUGUUUUGCUGAAGUUUUUUACGGAACAUGGAACGGCACCACUAAAGUGGCGGUGAAGACGCUGAAGCCUGGCACCAUGUCCCCAGAGUCGUUCCUGGAGGAGGCUCAGAUCAUGAAGAAGCUCCGCCAUGACAAGCUGGUGCAGCUGUACGCCGUGGUGUCUGAGGAGCCCAUUUACAUCGUUACAGAGUACAUGAGCAAAGGGAGCCUACUGGACUUCUUGAAGGACGGAGAGGGACGAGCACUAAAACUUCCAAACCUGGUGGACAUGGCAGCACAGGUGGCAGCAGGCAUGGCCUACAUCGAGAGAAUGAACUACAUCCACAGAGACCUUCGGUCCGCUAACAUCCUGGUAGGGGACAACCUGGUGUGCAAGAUUGCCGACUUCGGACUGGCCCGGUUAAUCGAGGACAAUGAGUACACGGCUCGACAAGGAGCUAAGUUUCCCAUCAAGUGGACCGCCCCGGAGGCUGCACUGUACGGCAGGUUCACCAUCAAGUCAGACGUGUGGUCGUUCGGCAUCUUGUUGACGGAGCUGGUCACCAAGGGCCGCGUGCCUUACCCAGGCAUGAACAACCGUGAGGUUCUGGAGCAGGUGGAGCGAGGCUACAGGAUGCCGUGCCCCCAGGACUGCCCCAUCUCGAUGCACGAGCUGAUGCUGCAGUGCUGGAAGAAGGACGCAGAGGAGAGGCCCACAUUCGAGUACCUGCAGGCCUUCUUGGAGGACUACUUCACAGCCACCGAGCCUCAGUACCAACCUGGGGAUAAUCUUUAAACACCUGCUGACCCCAAAAACCACCUGCUGACCCCCUCCACCCCACCCCUCAACCCUGCAACCCUCCAGGGCUCGGGAUGACUCUGGCUGGGGCAGGACUGGCCCAAGAAGUGCUGUAUUUAAAUAAGAAAAAAAACUGUGGAGCAGCCAGCCUUUUUUUGUUUUAGGAAUCUGUUCAGCUUCCUCAGCUCAGCUCGAGCAUUUCAGAUCCACAUUCCUGAAAAAAACCCCUGACUCUCUGACUCGCUGGGUGUCUGAACUCUGCAGAUGAAAGCUUACAGACUGGACCUAGUGGGGGUGCUCAUGCGAAAAAAUAAUCUUUAUUCUCUGUAAAUAAGAAAAGCUUGUCUUAGUUUGUCCGCCUCUGUUCCAGAUUUUAUUUUUUUCCUGCACAAAAAUAAUAAUGGAAAUACCAGAGAGGAAUGACGAGCACCUGAGCAGGCACCAAACAGUGCAUGGUUCAGCUCCAGUGUUAUUUUUUAAAAUCUGAUGCCAUAGUAUAUUUUCUCUCAUUUUUUUCUGUCUGAAAAAAACCUCAUAAAACAUCAUCCCUACUUUUUUGAUUUAUUCAGUUGUUGUCUUAUAUGAGCUUCUUUAAGCAAGCUCGCUGCAUUCCCACCCAGCCACAUUGCUUCCUUUUGUCCUUUUGGGCCACGUGUGAUUAGCAAGGAAGAAUUUGCACGUUCUUCUCACUCAUCUGAGUACUUUGGUCUAUUGCACGUGUUUGUUUUUUGUUUGUUUUUUUUGAGAGAAGUUCAUUUAUGAAGAGGUCCAAGGCUCUUCAACUUUUCUCCUGCACACCAUCCAUCCAUUACUUCAGGACUGCAGCUGAUCAUAAACCAGUUUACCUGCUGAGUUACUUCCCCUUUUCUAAUUUCAUGAUAUAAAUUAUGUACCAAGUCUUUAUUUCAGGUGGUUCUUUAAAGGGUCAUUGUAAUAUUUAGUCAGGAAAAGCUCGGGGACCAAUUCAGGUAUCUUGUGAAGAAGUCUGAAAGUGGACUUAGUAGAAAUGAGUGGGAUUCAGCCCAGAGAAGAUCUGGUCUCAUCACAGAUGGUUUGAUGACUGCUGGAUAUUCCUCAUUUUUCAGUUGUACAGCUGAAUGAUUUUUAAGUGUGGCUAACCUCGCUCCUUUAUAUCUGACAUUUCCAUUUUUUUAACAUUCUUGUUUUGUUAAUUCAGUGACUUUUGGCGUUUGGAAUUCGGGAAAAGACCAAUAAACAUUUUACACUCUU